UCUCAUUCUCAAGGACCUUCUUAAAGCGGCGAUCUGAGGAAAAUUUGUGCUACGACUUAGAAAACAGAGAAAGAUUUGUCACUUGUUUUGAGUACAUGGUCUCUGUAUUACUUAAUUUUUCUUUUAUUUAGACCAGUAUCAUUGUGUGAAUAUAUCCCCGUAUUUAUUCUGUUUGUUUAGAAGUCAACAACCGCUCAGCCGGCACUGGACUUGUUAGUCGCUGGGUGGGCAUUUAUCCCCAUUCCCCAGCUAGUUAGCUGGCUAGCCAAGGUGCUAGUUUAGCUUACUGGCUAACAGUCGUGAGCUGACGCGGUCCGAGCAGUGGACCUCACAAAGAUAAACCUGAGAAUAGAUCGUUGGGAAAUAAGCUGUUUGCUCUGUGUCUAGUCUGUCAUGGAGAACGACACUUGUGUUGAGUUGAAGACUGGUGAUGCUGCUGUGGAUCAUGUAAAACAGCAGUCUGUACCUGCAGCACCUUACAGAUAUUCAAAGGAGGAGCUUCUGGAAAUCAAAGAAUUGCCAAUCUCCAACGAAAGGCCAGAAUGUCUCUCUGAGAAAUAUGACAGUGAUGGUGUCUGGGACCCUGAGAAGUGGCAUGCCUCGCUGUAUCCCACUUCAGAGCGCAGCUCACCAAUGGAAGGCUUUAAGAAGGACUUCAUGGAUGAUAGGAUUCCUAUGAAACGAAGAAUCCCAGACCCUCGGGAGCGGUUGAAAGAGGAUGAUAUAGAUGUCAUCCUGAGCCCACAACGACGCAGCUUUGGAGGUGGAUGUCAGGGCAAUGCUGCACUUGCACCUCAUAUCCGGCGCCCAAUCAGUCCCCUGGAGAAUAAGGAGAACGAAAGUCUCCGUCUAGGAGGGGCCCGUAGAAUUGGGAGUGGACGUAUAAUUCCUGCACGAGCUUUUGAGAGGGAAGCUCGUGCAGAGAAAGAACGGGAACGUGAGCGAGAAUUCAAAGACAAGAGAUUCAGGAGAGAUUUUGGUGACAAACGUGUCUUCAGCGAGAGAAGAAGGAAUGACUCUUAUGCAGAAGAGGAGCCAGAGUGGUUUUCCGAGGGUCCAACGAGUCAGUCUGAGACAAUUGAACUUAUCGGAUUUGAUGACAAAAUCUUAGAGGACGACAAACGCAGGUCCAAACGGCCAAGAAAGCGGACAGAGUCUUUAAAAGAAGUGGUGGAAUGUAACGGUGGACAAGUAGAACAAGAAGGUCUGCGGUCUACAGCCGAUCAGGAGGUUCCUCACCCUGAUGUUCUGCCAGAACAGUCAACCAGGGAGUUUGAUUUCAAUGAAUUCUUCAACCUUGAGAACACAAUGCCUGGAUUGGCCUCUAUGAUAGAGGAUGUUUUGGGGGAGGGCCCUGCAUCAGCCAGCCGCUUCACUCAGUGGUUUUCCAGUAAUAUGAGCCCUUCAGGCAGCCAGUCCAGCAGUCUGAGGUCUACUCCUCAUGAGGAGUUGGAAACACUUGCAGGGCUUGAACCACGUUGCAUCUCUCCUCGCCAAGACCCAGCACCAUAUUUCACACCCAUUCAAUCAGAGCGCCGGGAAAAGGUGGACAUCCUGGAGCUGCUUCACAAAGCCAAGAUUGACCUGAAGCCACUUCUCUCCACUCUGUCAGUAAACAAAGCAAGGCUACGUGAAGGCACUCACACCGGAGUGGUGCUCUCACUGGAGGAGGUGGAGGGAGGGAUGAAGGGGAUGAAGCUCAGUGCAGGACCACAGGAACGUAGGGUUCCACCUCCAGCCAGGGGAAAUGGCACGCCCUUCAUGGCUGAGCAUUUAGAGGAGGCUUUGACUGGCGGCCCCAGUGCCCGUCAUCGCUCACGUGACACUGACAUGUCGGCCUUCAAUAAACUGGUUAGCACCAUGAAGGCAAGUGGAACCUUACCAACUCACCCCAAAACCAACACAAACAAUCAGCCCUCAGACUCCACUCCGUUGGCAGUCUCUGAAGCUCAGGUGCCUGUACAGCAGCAGAACAAUAUUUUCCAGGAGCUCCUGGGUGGUCCAGGUCGGAGCAGUUCACCUACACUUCUUAGCAACCUGUUGGGCACCACCGAGGGUACGACCUCUUCUGCCCCCCUCCAUGCCCUGUUACACAAGGGCCCCUCACCAUCUUUCUUUGCACAGAGGGCGCCUUCACCAGACUACUUCAACAGGUUGCAUCCUCCAGCAGGUUUUCCUGUUGGUCCUCAGCCCAUGCUUCCUGAGCAGUUUGACGUCCACAGGUCCAUCAGCCCAGGAUCUGCUGCACAGCAACAGAUGAGGGCGCAUUCGAUGCCUGUGAAUCAGGCCGACCUGGAGGCACUGAUGUUACAACAUGACCUGGCUCUACAGGCCCAACACGCAUUCCAGUCCAGCUACAACAAGCCACUGCAGGACAAGUCUUUUCGAAAUAGACCACAGCGUGGUGUUCGUUCCCCUGGUCCAGGCUCUCAGCCUGCAGGCAGAAACUCUCCAGGAAAUGCUGUCACCAGCAUGUUGUCUCCUUCAUUUACACCUACAUCUGUGAUCCGGAAAAUGUACGCAACUAAAGAGAAGAGUAAGGAUGAACCUUCUGGUCGUACAGACAAAGAGGAGGCUGCAGCACAUUCUCAUGAUGGAAACAGCUCUCCAAACACAUGCCUAGAAGCGGGGGACGGAAGUGCAGGCCACUCUGGGGUCAAGGCCAGUUCACAGACAAUACCUACCAAGGACCAAGAGCGUCUCAGGCCCGGCUCUUCAGGGCCCCACACACCAGCCAUGGCACCCCCGGGGACAUCGUCAUCGUUUCCUCGUCCAGUCUACCCAGUACCACUUUUAUCACACGUGUCCAUGAUGCGUCCUCCGCCUCCCCAGCUUCACCCGAAUGUGGUUCAAAGAAUGCUAGCUCAGGGCAUCCAGCCCCAGCAGCUUGGACCUGCACUUGUGCAAGCUGGUAUAUUUGUUUUUGGGGUUGAUCUCACACAACUACAAGGCUUGCCUCCUGCCCUCCUCGGACAACCGCUGUACCCUCUCAGUGCCACAGGGCAUCCAAUACUACCUCCAAGAGCAAAUACUCAAAUGCAGCUAGCAGUCAUGCAGCAGCAGCUUCAGCAACAGAGACCGAUUCAUCCAGGUGUUCAAGGACCUCUGUCACAGAGCCAAGGCCCCCACCGGACAAAUGGUUCUCAGCAACACGGAGCCAGCCCCCCUCUAGGCCUGUCUAAGUGGUUUGGAACAGAUGUGUUGGAACAACCCCUCCCUUCAAUGCCAGCCAAGGUCAUAAGCGUCGAUGAAUUGGAGCUGCGGCCGUAAGAAGCAACCGUGCUGGAUAGCAGGAAGUCCCCCCUCCCAUCCCUUUCUUGGGCAGAUCUCCUCCACCUUGUUACCAUAGAAAUGUGAAUUUUAAUUUGGAAGACAGUGCACAGAACUGGAUAGUCAAACCAUGUCAUUACUUCAAUCUUGAUCACUGCUUUAUGAAGAGGGAACGGAUGGAGAUGUUUUUGGGUUGUUUUUUUUGUUGUUUUUUUUGUAGCCGAGUGAAGUUUUUGGUUGUUUUUUGUAUUAGAUGAUGCACAGUAAAUAUUGUAUAGGCCUAAUUGUACAGACCAUGGGAAAUGAUGUAAUGCUCCCUGUAUAUAGGUAUGGUGGUUUGGUUUCUUUACCUGGGUUUGGGGAAGGUUAAAACUGUUGCAGUAGACUGAACUGUGAGAUGAUCACUCAGAGCUGGUAGCAUUCCUCUGUCUUGUCCACCCUGAACCCUCUUCUCCCUCACACACACACUGAGAAAAGGGUCAUUUGGUUUGUGAAUGAUUGUUUCCACCCAACCCUUGUGUUGUGGUAUGAAUAGUGGCCCUUUCCAAUCAAGGCGAUUGGCAGGAGCAUGACGAGACAACUGCAGAGGAAGGAUGGUUGUGCCUUUUCUUUUUUUCCUUUCCCAUUUCUCUUCGAAAUGUAUCCUCUCCCGUCCACGCCACCGUUUGGCGACGGCACUGCUCACACUGUCAUGGUCUGGAGGGUGUUGGGGAUGCAGUUUAUGUGCUGAAAGCACAAAUAGAAUUAAUAAAUAAAAACUUGAGUAACAAUGUA